CACCCUGCCCGAGCAGUCCCACAGGCGCCCUGCUCACUUCCCAGGAUGCUGUUCUGGCACAACCAGCCAGAGCACCUGUGGCCCAGUCCUGGGGAACUGUACCCAGGUCCCCCCGGCAGCCUGCUCAGGGAGCCCCUGCCCUUGUCCUACUUGAAGCAGGAAGAGCUGCCUAGCCUCCCCAGCGCAGCGCCGCCCUGCUCCGGGUUCCAAUACGUGCUCUGUGCAGCCACCUCACCGGCUGUAAAGCGGCAGGAAGAGACCCUCACCUACCUGAACCAGGGCCAGUCGUAUGAGGUGCGGAUGAUCUGCAACCCCAAGCUGGGAGACGUCACUCAGUGUCCCCGUCUGCUGAAGAGCGUGGUGCGUGUCGUGUUCCACGACCGGCACCUGCAGUACACCGAGCAGCAGCAGCUGGAUGGGUGGAGGUGGAGCCGGCCUGGGGACCGGAUUCUGGACAUCGACGUGCCACUGUCUGUGGGAGUGACGGAACCCCAGGUGCUGCCCUCGCAGCUCAACACGGUGGAGUUUCACUGGGACCCGACCAAGAGGACGUCCCUCUUCCUGCAGGUUCACUGCAUCAGCACUGAGUUCACACUUCGGAAGAAAGGUGGAGAGAAAGGCGUCCCCUUUCGCCUCCAGGUAGAUACCUUCAAACCCAGUGACAAGGGGCUUCCACCCGAGCAUCUGCAUUCCGCCGGCUGCCUCAUCAAGGUGUUCAAGCCUAAAGGAGCUGACCGGAAGCUGAAAACUGACCGGGAGAAGAUCGAGAAGCAACCCCUGCAUGAGAGAGAGAAGUAUCAGAUGGCCUGUGAGAGCACAGUCUUCUCAGAGUGCUCGCCGUGGCCAGAGCCCACUGCAGGACCCCACCCGCCUCUCAGCCCUCUUGCUCUGACCUCCCCCCAUGCCUGCAAGCUCCUGUCCCCAGAGAGGCUCUGUUCUUCACCACCAUUCGCUUUGGACACCUUGGGGUGCAGCCCAGCAGAGGAUCUGAGCCCUGGAGCCUCCAUCUCAGAGACACAGCAGUGGCUGCACCGGCACCGGUUCUCCAGCUACUGUCGGAUACUGGCCAACUUCACUGGCACUGAUCUGCUGAAGCUUAAUCGCCAGGACCUUAUCCAGAUCUGUGGGGCUGCUGAUGGGAUCCGCCUUUUCAAUACUCUUAGAGCCAGGCCAAUCCGCCACAGGCUGACUCUGUACGUGGCUCAGGAGGCCUCCAGACAAGAGAGCGAGCUUCCUGAGAACCCCAACUCCAACUCAGGCUUUUAUCAAGAGAUCUCUCUAGAUGAACUCAGUGCUGUAGAGCUGAUGGGGAAACUUGCUGAGCUCCUGGCCCUUCCAACCGAUCAGAUCCAUCGCCUUUUCCACCAGGGCCCUGGGGGCAUCCUCAUUCUCCUCAGUGACCAGAUGGUCCAGAAUCUUAAGGAUGAAUCGUACUUUGUGGCCGUGGUGAAGAAAGUGCAGAAUCCAGAUGGCUACUACUUGGUUCUGACCUAGGCCCAGGAGGGCUCUGCUGAAAAGAACACGGACACCAGCCUGUUUCUGUGCUCGCCAGGACCUUAUGAACACCCUCAGCUGACUCACUGGGUUCCAGCUGAAGAACCAAACCAUCCUGUGUCUCACCCCUGGGGAGGAAGCAAGGACACUCCAGUCUCAUUUUUCUCUCUGCCCAGCAGCAAUGGCUGUUAGAGGCCUGGAAACAGCUUCCUCUGCCCACUC